CAUGAAGCCACUCCCAUUUCCGGGAAACAGCGGCUGGGGAACAAACAAGCUGAGCCCGAUCGGCUACCCGGCGGCCAUCGAGCCCGAUUCAGGUCCGGGGGUGGGGGGGCUCACGGAGAGAACGUGGCCGGACGGAAGUCGCCUUGAGCACGGGCGGACGGAUGGAGAGGCCGCUGAGGCUGCUGCUCUCGUCCGAGCUACGCGUCCGCAACGUCGGCUACGAAGUGAGCCUGUGCCGGUCCCUGCUCGCCUGGAAGAGGCGAAGCUCCAGCCCGGUGUACCAGCCGUUCAGACCCAACGCGUGUCACAGCGUGUGUGUGUCAGAGAUCAUCAGCGUGCGUGAGGAGGAAGAGGAGGACAAAGAGGAAGAGGAGGAGGAGAAGGGCGGCAGAGAAGAUGGCAGCUGGAAGAAGAUCAGGGAGCGAGAAGACAAACACCGCAGGCGUUCUUUCACAGUGUCGUACGUGGAGAGGUGUCGACAGCACCGCUGGCGGUGCGCUGACGUCACCUUCGCCUGUCCCCAGGUAGCGCUGUGCCGCCGCUGGGUGAGCACCAUCAGAGAGCAGCUGGCAGCCAUCAGUAGCAGACCCUCAAAGCUGCUGGUGUACAUCAACCCGUACGGCGGCAAACGUCAGGCCAAGCGCGUCUACCAGCAGAAGGUGGCGCCGCUCUUCGCCCUCGCUGGCAUCAGCACACACGUUAUUGUGACAGAGUACGCUAACCAUGCUCGGGAUCACCUGCGGGAUGAGGCGGAGCUAAAGAAGUGCGACGGCGUGGUGUGCGUCGGCGGCGACGGCAUGUUCAGCGAGAUGGUCCACGGCUUGGUGUGGCGAACGCAGAAGGACGGCGGCGUGGGCGUCGACAUGCCUGACCAGGCGCUGAUCGCCUGCUCGCUACGCAUCGGAAUCAUACCUGCAGGUUCCACAGAUUGUAUCUGCUUCGCCACAGUGGGCACCAAUGACCCCGUGACCUCUGCCCUCCACAUCAUCGUGGGCGACAGUCAGCCGAUGGACGUGUGCUCGGUGCACCACGACGACACCUUCCUGCGCUACUCCGUGUCGCUGCUGGGGUACGGUUUCUACGGCGACGUGCUGACGGACAGCGAGAGGAAGCGAUGGAUGGGCCCCGCCCGCUACGACCUGGCAGGACUCAAGAUGUUCCUCACGCACCACCACUACGAGGGCACCGUGUCCUACCUGCCGGCCGCCGGCGUCGCCGGGGCGCCCAGGGACGCGGCCAGGUGUCGAUCCGGUUGCUCCGUUUGUCAGGACAACAGGAUACUGUUGUCGGAGAGAGCCGGCGUGUACCAGACGGAACACGACGAGGAUGACGGUGAAAACGGCGGCGGCUGGCGGACAAUCCGAGGCAAGUUCCUGGCCAUCAACGCGGCCAGCAUGAGCUGCGCGUGCCCCCGCAGCCCCAAAGGCCUUUCGCCCGCCGCCCACCUGGCCGACGGCACCGCCGACCUCAUCCUGGUGCGCAAGUGUUCCCGCUUCAACUUCCUCCGGCACCUCCUGCGUCACACUAGCAAGGACGACCAGUUCGACCUGUCCUUCGUGGAGGUGCACCGCGUGCGGCGCUUCCGCUUCACGCCGCGACACUGCCGCAGCGACUCGGAACAGGAACUGGACUUGCUGGACGGGAAGCGGAAGAUCUUCGGCCAGAUCUGCCAAGACCAUCCGGCGUGCGGGUGCGCGCCGGCCUUCAGCAGCUGGAACUGCGACGGCGAGAUCCUCCCGCACACCGCCAUCGACGUCAGAGUGCAUUGCCAGCUGAUCCAACUGUUUGCCCGAGGCAUCGAGGAGGCGGCCAUGUUUGACGAGCCGGCUCCCGCCCGCCCCGUGUAGACGGGCCUCCUCGGACCGCUCGGGAGCUUCGAGUAGCCGCCGUUUCCUAUUCGUCGUCUUACGCUCGGCGGGUCGGAUCGGGUUCUGUUCGUACGGGAAACGGAAGAACCGGAAAGGCGGUCCGGCCUCGUGGUUGACUCCCAAGUUGAGUCGGCCCGGACUUAAGACGCGAAUUCGGUCUUACUGCUGUGUCAAAGUCCUACUGAAUUUGGAGUAGCGUCACAUUUGACUCUUGAGUCUCGUCAUGAAAGUCCUGGUAGAGUCUGGUCUCGCGUUUAGUGGGGUCUGAAUUUGGAGUAGAGCUAGGUGUGACUGUUGAAUUUAAGAUUAAGACGCCAAGUCCUGGCGUACAGUCAAGAGUGAACGAAGGCCAACUCAAGUCGAGCCUCAGUGUUGAUUCAUUCCCAAGUUUAGUCGGGUCUGAAUUUAGUUCUGACUACUGAGUCACUAAGAAUCUAGUGGGAAUUGCUAACGUCUAAAUCAAGUCUAGUGUCGGUUUUGUCUUAUGUUUAGUCGGGUCUGAAUUUGGCUUUGUUGGGACUCUCCAAAGAUCUUUAGAUUUAGUCUUGUCAGUCCUCCUCGUUUUUUUAUUGAUUUGCGUCUGCUACAGAACAGCAACGAUCGUUGAUCGAGUCCGAUUUGUUCCCGGCGGAGUACCACUUUUUCCUGUAUUUUUUUUUUGUGUGUAAUAUAACACAUUUUCCGAGCAGUUCAACCUUUAUUCAAAAGAGAUUAAAUUUGGAAAAAAAAAAAAAAAAAAGACUCUUUGAAUGUUUUAAUUUAUUUGCGUGUUACACGUUGACAAAAAUUAUUCCUUGAAAAGUGAAACUGACGCUAGCUGGAUGUUUGCUUUAAACGUUUAUUUCAAAUCUUUCAAGUUGGAAAAUAUGACUUCAUGCUUAAUUCAAUUUUAUUCUGGAAAAUCGACUUUAUUCUUUAAAUAUUUUUUUUUUAAUUGACUUUUUUCUUGAUAGGUGCAAGAUAUUUUUUUAAAUUUAUUUUUCCAAAACACAACUUCAGGCUCUCUUUUUUUUUUUCCCCAAAAGUAAAAUAUUUUGCCUCAACAAAUUACCUUUUUUAAACUUUGUGUAAAUUUGCGACCCACAUUUUUUAUUAAUCUGACUUUUUGCAUCCAAAAAUGUCAAACGUUACGCCCAAACACAACAAUGACGAUCGUUCCAGCGGGACAUCAUGAACGAUUAAAAGUCAUUUUGUUCUGAAUAUGUGAGUUUUUUUUUUUUUUUUUUUUAAAUCUGAUUAAAAACUAAAAUAUGACUUAUCUUUUUAAUUUGUUGUGACUUUUCAAAUGUUUGAAAUUGUUAGCGUCUGUUACACGACAACGACGAUCGUUCCUCCAAAGCUAAACUCCGACACUUCCGGGCGUCAUUAAAGACUGCAAGUUGUUUCCCCAAGAAAAUCAAACUUUAUUCUCUACAAUAUCUUUUGUUGUAUUAUUACAACUUUUGAAACUCAAUCCUUAAAUAAUAAAAAAAAGACUUUGUGGAAGUUACGCUUUUUUUUACCCCCCACCAAAUAACACGACUUUCAUGUUUUAGCAUCUUUGUGGCGACGACAAUUGCUCCUCAAACACUACACUCUGAUGCUAGCUGCGUAUUUGCAUAAAUGUCUUUUCCCGCAUCUUUUCGCCACUUCCUGAACGUUCACCGAAUUAUGCAAAUGAGAUUGAACGUUUUCAUGGCUGUCGCCAAUGUAGCGCUUUUAGUUGUCGUCUCGUGUUUGAUUGUUGAUUGACAGCUCGUCUCUUCUGCUGCCCUGAGCUGGACUCACGAUGAAGAUGAUGAUGUGUAGCAGUAGUAGCAUCUCAUUUAGCCUGUUAGCAUUCUAACAUUUGGGUGCAUGUAGCUCCACCUACUAGCCUAGCAGCUAACAUGACGACAGGCAAAUAAACACAAUCCAGAGGUCUCUCGUGGAGUUUCACUCGAAUUGUUACUAUGGCAACCUCGCUCGCGUCGUCACUUUAGUUCUCAUUAGCAUGCUAGCCACUCCGAUUAUAUGCAAGUGUUUGACCUCUGCACUCCUGCCGGCUGUAACCUCACAUGGAAGAAAUAAAAGAAAUGUCAAAUCACA